UAAGAAAGCAUUUCUAUCUGUUUAGAUUUCUCGAAUAAAAAAAAUAUAUUAUCAAUGUUAAAAGAUCUCAUUUUCAUUGGAUCGCUGUCUCGGAGAUAAAUAGGAUCGUUCCCGCAGAAACGUAAAAUAAUUAGUCGUUAUGGCAUCUGCUGAGAGUGAGACUGAAGAAAAAGUUACAAGUGUUCCUGUAGAAGGAAACGAUGAUGAAACUGAUGAUAAUUUAUCUGAUGUUGAUUUUCUUCAUAAUGAACUUGCAAACGUUAACAGAAAACUCGAAGUCAUGCAUCUGGCAUUGGAAAAAGCUCGACAAGAUCAUAAGCAUACCAUAGAGUCCAAAGACAAAGAUUUCCAUAACCUACAAGAGCAAAUUAACGAUAUGCAGGAAAACGUCGACCGAUUAAAGUUUGAAAAGGAAAGACUGUUGUCGAAAGGAAACCUUCGUGAGAUUGACAUGGCAGGUUUGAAGAGGGAAAUAGACAAUUUAAAGUUGCAGCUACAUGAGACUGAAGCAAAAGCCAAAAAGCGCGAAGACGUCAAUGCGGUUCUUAUGGCACAAGAACAAACGAUAAAAGAAGAACUCAAAGAAGAACUCAAAGAAGAGAUGGAUAGAAAUACACACGCAUUGCAUGAUGAUAUGCUAGCUAUAUUGAGAGAAGUACAAGCGGAGAAAAAAGAUGUUGCUGCAAUUCUUCAAGAGGUUCAGACAGAAAAGAAAGAUGUAGCUGAGGUAAAAAGAGGAAUGCAUAAAAUUACAAACAAGGGGAAAUAUCAUAAGCAUUGCAUGGAAAAUAAAUACUAACAUUUUUUACAUUUACUUGAUGCGUUGCUUUGCGUGUUAAAUUCAGACUUUGUGUUAAAUGAUAACGUUUGUUUCGUACCGAUAUAUUUUGAUUAUAAUACCUUUAAGAGUCAUUUUCAGUGUGGAAACCAUUGCCAUAAUAUGUUAUUCAUUUUUGUUUGUAUCAUUGGUGCUUGUGUUUGCAAUGAACACUGCCUUAAUGGUCCAUAAUGCUUUAAAUUUUUAUCUUAAAAACAGAUGAAACAGCUUUCCAAAUAGAUGUUAUGCGUACUUUAAUGGUUAGAAAAGCAUUACUUUUAAUGUUUCACGUGAACUGUUAUAGUUAGAGCAAUAAAGGGAGGUAAUACAUUGUUUGUAAAAAAACCCAAUAGAUUCAAUAAAACAUUGUAGUAUAUUCAGCAAUAUUCAAACCUUUGACAAAUGUUAAAAGAAAGUAAUUAUCAGAAAUAGGAUUUAACAAGAAAUUGAUUUAUUUUAUGUUCAUAACGGAAAAUUUGACAGCCACAUUUUAAACAUAGGCAUUAUGAGCCUUUAAAUCAAGUAACCACCUUUCCGUCAUAAAAUCACGUGUUGUUAAAGCCUCUUGUCCAACUUGUUUAUUGUUAGUAACUUUAUAUAUUUGAACAUGUAGUUUUUUACUACGUCAUCUAUAUAGCAGGGACUUAUAAAAAUGGCUGCAUGGUUAAGGUCGCUGGCUUCAAAUUUCCUCAAAUAUUAGGAAGACGAUUUUCAGAACAUGUAUCUUUUGAAUAUAUGCCUGUCUUCUUAGCCUAUGUCACUUCUAGAAUCAGUGAAAUAAUAUUUGUGCUAUUAUGUUCGCAUUUAUUGUAAUUCAGAUUAUUAUAUACAGCACAAAACAAGAUCAAAGAUAAAAUAGGAAUAGCUACGUCCCAAAACAAAAAUGAAGCCGCCCUUAAACGGACUAAACCAUACAGCGGUUUAUGUAUGGUUGUGAAUAUCUUUGGCAUUUAAUUAAACACUCUCAAAGUAAUUUAAAGACGGAGUUAACUUCAUUUUCAUAAGUCUGAGAUAUUCAUUUUGAAUAUUUUUCUCAGCCUACAUAACUUAGUUACUGUAUUUAAAAGAGAUAACAUAAAAACGAAACUGCAUAACGUAAACAUACCAAAUCCAUCACAUGAAAGGUGCAAACUUAAAUGCAUUAUAAUACCUGUGUUGCUAUGUUCAGGAGCUUUUAUUGUAAAGGAAGAGUUUAUUUGUUGUUCAGCAAGAAAUUCUUUUUUGAUAAAUAAAACGAAAUUUCAUUUCAGUUGAUCUGACAAAGAUUACGAUAUGUCAAUUUAUGCAAAAGAAACGCAUUAAUCAACGUUACAAUAUAAACUUUAAGAAUGUAGGGAUUAUAUUUAUUCGACAGUGCCGUUUUCACUGUCUUUAUAUUUACUUGUGAUCUUUUCAUUAAUAGAAAGCAUGAACAAAUAAAUAUGUAUAUUUGACAUUGUGUGAAUCUUGCAAAAAGACUACAUUAUCAAGUUGCGAAAUUAUAAGUGGUCUCCAUUGUCGAAGGAAGCGGUGGUGCAACUUGAGUUCCUCCGAUUUCAUCCCAAGAGGCCCCGGCAUCAAACCUUGUUUCUCCUGCUCAAUCUGGGUUCGUUCCCAAUAAAUACUUUGUGAACUAGCUUAUCUUUACAUUACCGUGUCACCUUCCCCAUAUUAAACAUGUACUCUCACCAAUGUUGGUUCUAGACUCACUCGGGGUGUAGAAUUCUUCAUGUGAGGAAGCCAUCCAGCGGGCUUAUGGAAGGCCGGUGGUUCUACCCAGUUGCCCGCCCGUGAUGACAUAAGGCCCGGAGGAGCACCUGGGGUCUUCCGCCACCAUGAAAAAGCUGGAAAGUUGCCAUAUGAACUAUAAUUGUUCGAUGCGAC